AUGGAUUAACUCUCUUAAUACUAUACCACUCAACACUUCCUAGAACCAAACAAAGACACCAAUAAGUCCCAAAGAACCAGAUCAAACACAAAUGAGAAAUUGGUUACUCCAAACUUGCUUUAUGUCACUAGGAAUUAACAAUAACCUCAACCUUCAAUUAGAUUGGAAUGUCAAUAACAAAUCCAAAAACCCUCUCAAUCCUCAUGUAAUCUCAAAGAAUUAGCAAAGGCGAAAGUCCUUGAAUCCGACGAAUUAGUGUUCUAUAGAAAUAAGUCCUCUUAUUAGGAAAAGUAAAUUUUAGAUCUUUAGGCUGAAUUGCAUCAUAUAAAGUCAACAGUUUAGGAAAGAGUGACCUACAUUGAGGAUACUCAUAGAAUAUAAUAAUUGGAAACAAAUUUACAAUAAUACCAAUAAGAAUGCAAUAGAAUGAACAAUCUAUUGAGAGAGACUCAAAAUGAAUCAGAAUCAUUGAAGUAGAAGAAUCUGUAGUUGUCGCAAUCCAUUUUUUAGUUUCAACAAUUGCAAUUCGAAUUUGAUAGAUUAAAAAGGAAUUCUCAAGAAACUGAUUAGUAUUGGCAAAAUGAAAUACAAAGACUCAACGUGUUGUUGUCUUAAAGUCAGACCUAGUUACACUAAUUGCAAAAGACAUUGAUAGAAACAAAGUAAUACGAACAGAUGUAUCAUCAAUAAUAACCGAUCUAAACCUAAUUGGCUUUGGAAUUGGAGAGAAUGACUUCAAUGUUAAGGGCUAAGACUGAUGAAUAUGAUCAAUAGAAAUAGACCUAUAUAAAGGAGAUAGAAAUCUCAUCCAGGAGAAUCAAGGAUUCAGAAUUAGAACUCAAGGAUUUAAAAAUUCGAGAGACCAAUCAAAAAUAAUCAAUUGAUGAAUUGAGCAGGGAAAACAAUUAAAUUACUGAAAAGUUUAUGAAUGAAAUUAGAAACAAAAACGAUGAAAUCUAAAAGCUAUAAUAAAUUAUUUAGACUUUAUAAUUGACUUUACAGGAUACUUCAAAAUAUAUGGAGUAUGAAAUUAGAUCAAAGAAGUAAAAUGAAGAAAUCAAUAAUCUCAAUCAAAGAAUUAGAAUCAAAUAAGAGGAAACAGACAACUAUAAAUAAUAAAUGUUGAUUUUAUAAAAUUAAAUUUAGGAAUGCCAAAAAUAUGCAGAAUAUGAAAUUAAAUAUUAAAAUCUCGCAUAGGAAUAUGACAGAUUAAAUAAUUCUUUAAUGAUGAAAUUAUAAGAGAAUGACUAAUUGAGGAAUUGCAUUUCAAAAUUGCAAAUCACCUUGAAUGAUCAUUACAAAAUAGAAGAAUAUGAUAAUAAAAUAGCCUUGUAGAAUUAAGAAAUAGACCAUCUUCAUUAAAGUUUACAAUCUAAGUGUUAAGAGAUCGAGAAAUUAAAUUAUGAAAACAAUAGGAUGUCAUCCUUAUUAAGAACAAGAAAUGACGAAAUCGAUAAUCUGAAAUAUAAAAUGUAAGAUAAUUCAUAGUUGAAAGAAUAUCAAUAGAAGUUCCAGAUGCUAAAUGGAGAAAUGGAGAGAUUGGCAAUUCAAUUGAGGAGUAAGAAUGAGGAAAUGGAAAAACUAAGAUAAUAUUUAGCAUAAUUUUAGUUGUAAGAGGCUAAUAAGUUAUAAGAAUUAGAACAAAAGAAUGUCGCUUAUUAAACUGAGAUAGAGAGAUUGAGCAGUUUGCUGAAGGUGAAAUUAUCAGAGAAUGAGUAGAAUAAAUUAUAAAUCAGAUGUUUAUAAGAAGAAAACGAUCAAUAAAAAUGUAAAAUAUUGACUCAAAAUGAAAUACAGUAAUAUAAUGAUAAGGUGACUAUUUUGACUCAGGAAGUUGAGUCUUGGAAGAAUCAAUUUAUCAAUCUCAAUAGAGAAUAUCAUAAAUAAUAAGAGUAGUUAAUGCUGUCUAAUGCAGAAUUGGAUACAUUGAAAAAACAGAGGAGCAAUUCAAUUAGAUUGGAUACGUAUGAGACAACUAAGGAAAACUCAGCUCUUUCUGCCUUCUAAUAUGGGACUCUCACAAUAAGAAAUCUAUGA